GUGGACAUCGAUUGCUGAUAAGAAGGGAAUACCUUCAAUCCAAUCCGAACCGAUUCCCAAUCCCCGAGAGAAACGACGAUGAAGGACCUCUUCUGGCACCUGGUGGGCAUAGCCACCGGCCUGAAGAUCCUCCUGAUUCCGGCCUACCACUCCACAGACUUUGAGGUGCACCGCAAUUGGCUGGCCAUCACGCACAGUUUGCCCCUGGAUCGCUGGUAUGUGGAGGCCACCAGCGAAUGGACCCUGGACUACCCGCCCUUCUUCGCCCACUUCGAGUGGCUGCUCUCCCAGGUGGCCAAAUACGUGGAUCCCCGAAUGCUCGAAGUGCAGAACCUGAACUACGAAUCCAAGGCCACCGUCUACUUCCAGCGUCUCUCGGUGAUUGUCACCGAUCUGGUCUAUGUGCUCGGCGUGCGCAGCUGCCUGGGAUCCCUGGGAUUGGCCCGGAAUAGCCAGCAGCACUUUGCCGGCUCCAUGUUGCUCCUACUGAACGUGGGACUGCUCUUCGUGGACCACAUACACUUCCAGUACAACGGCUUCCUGUUUGGGCUGCUGCUCCUCAGCAUUGGCUCGCUCAUCCGGCAGCGUUUCCUCUGGAGCGCCUUCAUCUUCGCUGUUUUACUCAACUUUAAGCACAUCUUUUUGUAUCUGGCUCCUGCUUUUGGUGUCUACCUGCUGAGAUUCUACUGUUUGGAGCAGGUUAAUGUGGUUUCUACAUCUCUGGCCUUUGUGAAGCUCCUCGCCGUGGGUCUCUCGCCCUUUGUACUCUCUUUGGGACCCUUUUGGAGGCAGUUGCCGGAGGUGUUUGGCCGCCUUUUUCCUUUUAAGCGCGGUUUAACCCACGCCUACUGGGCGCCCAACUUCUGGGCCAUCUAUAACACAGCCGACAAGGUGGCCGCUGGAGUUCUCAAGGUGGAGGGAAGCUCUACGUCUUCCGGUUUAGUUCAAGAGGUCAGGCAUUCGGUGCUGCCCACUAUACAACCGCCUGUAACCUUCGUUUUGACUGUAAUCUUCAUGCUGCCCAUUCUGGUGAAGCUCUUCAGGAGUCCUAAAAGUCAAAGUCCUUUGGUCUUCCUGCGCUCGGUGGUCCUGUGCGGCUGCUCCUCCUUUGUUUUCGGCUGGCAUGUCCACGAAAAGGCCAUCUUAAUGGUGCUCAUUCCGCUCUGCCUGUUGACUUUGGUGAACCGCGAGGAUGCCCGCUACGCCUACAUCCUCAGCAUAGCCGGCUACUUUUCGCUCUUUCCGCUGCUCUUCGAUGCGGAUCUCUACAUUCCACGCUACUCACUGUACUUAUCCUACGUGGCCAUGCUUUAUGGCCAGCUGUAUCGCAUCUUUCCCAACUUCCGUGGCUUCCAUGCGCUGGAAUGGAUAUACAUGCUCGGUUUUCUUACCAUUCCGCUGUACGAGCAUCUGCUGGCGUUCCUCCUCCACCUGGACAAGCGUCUGCCCUUCCUGCCGCUCCUGCUGACCUCCGUUUAUGCUGCUUUAGGAGUGCUCUACUUCUUUGGCGCCUACUAUCUGUAUGCCUUGGGUUUCACCUGGGGCAAGGCCACUUCCUCCUCUUCCUCCUCCGUUAAGAGAAAACGAAAAACCAAAUAAAAUUCAGCAGAAAUCUA